AACCUCCCCGGAACUCCGCGAGUUUGAAGAUGAAUGACAAGCUCGCCUUUAUGAGCCACACAUAUCGUGUUUAACCGCAGUUAAUUGAUGCUAAAUAUUAAAAAACGUUAGCGGUAAAAUUGACUUAAGUAGACUGGCUUACCGGCUUUGUUAAUGAAAAGCACCAGAGCUGAACAGCGCGAUAGCUAAAUCCAGCAGUGUUGCUAAUGCUAACAACAACUGUUAGCAUGUAUGCUUGAUGGAUUGACCCAAUGCGGAGCCCAAGAGGAGAGAACUGCAGGCUGAAUGAGCUGACAACAGUUUGUGAAGGCUGAAGAAGGAGAGCCACAAUGUACCCUAUCCCUCAGCAUUCCACAAAGUCCAGCUGCAGCAGUAGCUCCAGCAUCACAGAGUUGCUGGCUGCCCUGUGCGACAGCAACCUUGCUGGGGUGUCAUGGAAGCGCAGGGCCGUGGGAGGUGUCUCACGGGAGGGCUUCCGCCGAGCUCUAAAAAGGCGUGCCUAUGGCUCCCUGCUGUCAAAGCUUUUCCAAGACGGCACCAAAGCCCCUCCCGCCUUGGGCCCGAUGGCGAGCUCACCUCCUAGGAACAAAGUCAUCAUGAUAUGUUUCGACCUGAGAAGAGCCGGCUGCCAGGAGGAGGCGGAGAAGCUGGAAGAGCAGCUGGAGAAGCUUCCGGAGGGAGCCGCCUCGGGCUUGAGCGAGGUAGAUGCCGUGCUGGAGCUCCUGGUCCACCUCGCGGGCGCCACUCCCCCGCCCCCGUCCUCCUUCAGUCGAGACUAUAUGAGGCGGGAGAGGCCCGUGCUGCGCAGGCCUCUGCCAUGGCCCUACCAGAGCCAGGAGCUGCAGAGGCUGGAGGCCCGGGCGUGGGGGCUCAUAUGUGCGGAGGAGUGGGCAUUGUUGGAGAGCAGGUGUGUCACUCAGAGGUUGAUGGAUGCUGAGCCAGGCACAGGUUUAUUGGCUCUAAGGGCUGAAAUGGACACGGAGGAAAAAUUUGAGCGGGAGACCAGGCUGACUCUUUUUGGAGCUCUGCAACACAGCCGAACCUCAGACUUGGACAUCAGACUGGACAUGCCUCCUCUGCCCAGUAAUGUGGACGUGACUGGGCUCAGCAUCAGGGUCCCGCCAUGCUUGGAUCAGUCUGAGGAUGAAGGCUUCCAGUCUGCAUCCAACUUGACCCCGGACUCUCAGUCGGAGGCCAGCCCCAGCCAAGAGUUGGAUGUGUGGGAGGCUUUGAAAACGUUUCAACCUGGUGUACGCCGUUGCUGGGAAACUAUUGGCUGGCCGCCCGGGAGAAGAGACCGUUUGUAUCUGAGCGAGAGCGGCAGAGAGGCCUUCGACCAGAUUUAUCGACUGUGGGAGGGUGAGAUGAGGGUGGUCAACACAAGCGCGCCCCCCCCAAUCCUUCCGCUGUACUUGGACUCUCAGACGCUGGUGGGCGACCUCCUGAACGUGCUGAUCGGCGUUGCAUCGUCUACCUUUCCUCUCAAUAAGAGUGUCCAGUUCGAUGUCCGGCCUGGUGUGUGUGUGUCAGGUACCUCCCCGGAGAGUAUGUCUCGUCUUUUGGAGGAGCUUGCCCAGUACGGUACCUACUACCUGAGGCUGAGCCGCUUCUCGCUGCAGAGUGCUGACAAGAAGGGCCUGGUCUUCCAGGCGUUCACUGGAGGUCUGAGGAAGUACUUGCAUUACUACAGAGCGUGUGUUCUCAGCACGCCGGCCACACUGAGCCUGCUGACCAUUGGCUUCCUCUUCCGCAAAGUGGGCCGACAGCUCAGGUAUCUGUGGGAACUGUGCCGUGUUGACGAGCCUGCGGUUGCCGACCAGGCCUCCUUCCCUGUGGGCGUCAAGCUUCUCUCCUACCUGUACAAGGAAGCCCAGAACAACUGCAGCAACGAGAACUACCCAGUUCUGCUGUCUCUCCUCAAGAGCAGCUGUGAACCAUACACCAGGUUUGUGUCUGACUGGGUGUACAGCGGCGUUUUUCGAGAUGUUUACAGAGAGUUCAUGAUCCAAGUCAAUGAAGAGCACCUCAGCGUCAGAGACAAGCACUUUUGGGUCCACGGCUACACGUUGAUUUCCAAAGACGUGGAGGAGUGCGUGCCCGUCUUCCUGAGACACAUCGCUAACGACGUGUACGUCUGUGGGAAGACCAUCAACCUCCUCAAGAUCUGCUGCCCUCAGCACUACAUCUGCUUGUCAGAGCUGCCCGUGCCCCGCAUCGCCGUCACCUUCUCCCUGCAGGAGGUAGAGCAGAUUGAGAGGGACUGCGCCGUGUACCGAGGGCGCAUGGAGAGGAUCGCCAAGCACAGCGCCAUCAGCAGGGAGGUGCAGGCCCAGCGAGCAGAGGAGGCGCGCCAGGAGCUGAUCAAUCAGGUCAGAGCGUCGGCAGCCAAAACACUGGAGAACAUUCGUGGGCGCCAGGUGUCACAGCGUCUGGUGGAGGAGGCCAAGAAAAGGGAGUGUUUCGAAAAGCUCAAGCAGCACCUGGAGCAGGAGAAAGAGUGGCGCAGCACGGCCAAAAAGAAGCAGGACGACAACGUCAGCCUUGCUCAAGAGAAGAGACCUCAAGCACCGGAGGAGCAACUGGAGCAGAGAGCCAGAAAGGAGCUGAUUGCUCAGUACAGCCGCCUGUCAGAGGAGGCGGUUCGCAGGGAGAGGCGGGCCUUGUGGAGGGAUCAGAGGAUGACAUUUGACGCAGCCCGUUCCGACUUCUUCGUGCAAGAACAGAAGCAGUUGAAGGCUAUGUUAGAGAAAUAUCCUUUGGGCCAGGAGAGCGGUCCAGCUUUUCCCGCCCAGCACACAUCAUCCCUGGACACCCCCACCCAGGAAGUGCUUGAAACAAAACAAGAGGAAACCCAAAAAUCAGAAUCUUCUCACAGAGCAGUUGACACUGCAGCCUUCACCUCUGGUGAUAUUCUUCCAGGAAUCGACGCCCAUCAGGUGGACGCCGCCUUGCAGGAGAUUGGCUCUCACCUGCCUGAGGUGUGUCCCACAGAGCAGCUAAUCGACUACGACUUCAGCGCCCCCUUCAGUCCGCUUGAAGGAAUCACCUCCCAACCCAAGCCUUGUUGUGACGUCAUUCAUAACCACCCCUCCUAUUCCCACUUCCUCAUGGAUGAGAAUGUGCCUCUCAUCCCCGACAGCCUCCCUCAGGCCAGCCGCUUAGGCCACGCAUCCAAGUCCAGCUUCCCCAUUGGCCAGUGCACCCCCGAGGAGAUGCAACAUGCACCCAAAAAGAGUGUUAAUGUAGUUCCUGGUAAGGGUGCUACACAGCUAGGACAAGGUGAUGGUUAUGUGGUGCUGGAGGAAGAAACUGGUGCCCAUGAAGGUGUUGUUGCUAAUAAGGAUGCUUUGCUACAACUAAACAUGGACAGUGUUUGUAAUCGGCUUUACUCUAUGACAUGUGAUUAUAAUAUUGAUAUAUCAAUAUAUCAAAAGGAUGUAAAGGUUGCUUAUCCAUCAGAUUCACCCAUAAACAUUGGCGAGAACGUUUCAGACACUCCUGCACCGCUCCUAUCCUCAAACAUCCACGGCCACUCCUCGGACGCUCACAUCAAAGUUGGAGAGAACGUGUCAGACUUUGUAGCCGCUCUACCUGCCAGAAACCUCCAUGGUCAUGCCAGCGACACCCACAUCAAAGUUGGAGAGAACGUGUCGGACUUUGUAGCCCCUCUACCUGCCAGAAACCUCCACGGUCACGCCACCGACGCCCACAUUAAAGUCGGCGAAAACGUCUCAGAGGUGGCGGCGCUGCUGCCCUCCCCCAGCAUCCACGGCCACGCCACCGACGCCCACAUCAAAGUUGGAGAGAACGUGUCAGACUUUGUAGCCCCUCUACCUGCCAGAAACCUCCACGGUCACGCCACCGACGCCCACAUUAAAGUCGGCGAAAACGUCUCAGAGGUGGCGGCGCUGCUGCCCUCCUCCAGCAUCCACGGCCACGCCAGCGACGCCCACAUCAAAGUUGGAGAGAACGUGUCGGACUUUGUAGCCCCUCUACCUGCCAGAAACCUCCACGGUCACGCCACUGAUGCCCACAUUAAAGUCGGCGAAAACGUCUCAGAGGUGGCGGCGCUGCUGCCCUCCCCCAGCAUCCACGGCCACGCCACCGACGCCCACAUCAAUGUUGGAGAGAACGUGUCCGACUUUGUAGCCCCUCGACCUGCCAGAAACCUCCAUGGUCAAGCCACCAACGGCCACAUCAAAGUUGAAGAGAACAUUUCGGACUUUGUAGCCCCUCUACCUGCCCGAAACCUCCAUGGUCAAGCCACCGACACCCACAUUAAAGUCGGCAAAAUUGUCACUGAGGUGGCGGCGCCGCUGCCCUCCGCCGGCGUCCACGCCACCGACGCCGACAUCAAAGUUGCAGAGAACAUGUCGAACUUUGUAGCCCCUCUACCUGCCAGAAACCUUAAUGGUCAUGCCACCGUUGCCCACAUUAAAGUCGGCGAAAACAUCUCAGAGGUGACGGCGCUGCUGCCCUCCCCCAGCAUCCACGGUCACGCCACCGACGCCCACAUCAAAGUUGGAGAGAAUGUGUCGGACUUUGUAGCCCCUCUACCUGCCAGAAAUCUCCACGGUCACGCCACUGACGCCCACAUUAAAGUUGGCGAAAACAUCUCAGAGGUGGCGGCGGCGGCGCUGCCCUCUCCCAGCAUCCACGGUCACGCCACCGACGCCCACAUCAAAGUUGGAGAAAACGUGUCGGACUUUGUAGCCCCUCUACCUGCCAGAAACCUCCACGGUCACGCCACAGACGCCCACAUUAAAGUUGGCGAAAACAUUUCAGAGGUGGCGGAUCCGCUGCCCUCGCCCAGCGUUCAUGGCCACUCUUCGGACGCCAACAUUAAGGUAGGAGAGUUUGUUUCCAACGUUCCAGAAGCGAGACCACGUUGGAGCAAGUAUGGCCACGUCUCCGACUGCACCCUCCGGCCGGGCUGCGUCGUCUCGGGGUCGGAACCCGCUUCCACACCCUUGCCCGGGAGCGCUUACGGGCACGCAUCAGACUCCACUUUAGUAACGGGAUGUGUGGUCGAGCAGGAGGCGGUCAAACUCUACCCUAUACCCGGCAGUGCCCACGGACACUCUUCCGACGCCAACCUGGGCGUCGGCUGCAUGGUCACCCAAAGUAACCCGCCUCUUCUACCGCUGCCAGGCAGUCAAUACGGACACUCCUCCGACUCCGCUUUGGGGGUGGGCUGCGUGGUGUUGGGGGCGGAACCACAAGUCUCCCCUCUACCAGGCAGCCAGUACGGACACUCAUCACAUUCUUCGUUGGGAGCUGGAUGUGUGGUGGGAGGAACAGCACAUCCCAAAGAGGAUGCUCAAGUUUGGGAGUCUGAGACAUGCAAGCAGCAGGCAGAGGGCGCGGGGUUGGACUUGUCCCCCCGAGAGACGUUUGAACAGGAGUACAUCUUGGCCUUGUCUGCUCAGUACCAGGUGGACCAUUAUGAAGACUGCUACAAUGUAAUGGCUUCGUCCCCUAAAAGUCAGCUGCUCAAGCAUAUGACUCGGGGCCCCUGGGGUCUCCCCGGGGAGCUCGGGUUCCACCAGGCCACGGACACCACGGCCGUGCAGCUCAGUGAGAUGGUGUCCUUGCCGGUCCUCAUCAAAAAUUCUGUUACCGCCCCGCUCAUCACACACGUGUCGUUGGUGAACAAGGCGGCGGUGGACUACUUCUUUGUGGAGUUGGGGGUGGAGCGCCACUUUGAGGCGCUGCGCCACUUUCUGCUGAUGGAGGACGGCGAGUUUGCACAGUCGCUCAGUGAUCGUCUUUUUGAGAAGCUGGGCAGCGGGCAGACCCCCGGUGAGCUGCUCACCCCCCUGGUGCUCAACUCCAUCCUGAACAAAGCGCUGCAGUACAGCCAGAACCGUGACACGCCCCACGCCGCCAACUUCACCUUCGCGCUGCGCUUCCUGCCUGACACCUUCCGCCCGCACGCCCCCGACUCGCUCAACUGUCUGGAGUUGCGCUACAAGGUGGACUGGCCUCUCAACAUCAUCAUCACAGACAGCUGCUUGAACCAGUACAACCGACUCUUCUCCUUCCAGCUGCAGCUCAAACACAUGGUCUGGAGCCUCAGAGAUGUCUGGUUCCACCUCAAGAGAACUGCGUUGGUGAAAGAUGCGGGUCGCUCGGUGCAGUUUCGUCAGCUGCAACUUUACCGCCACGAGAUGCAGCACUUUGUAAAGGUCAUCCAAGGUUACAUCGCCAACCAGAUCCUCCAGGUGUCAUGGAGCGAGUUCACCGCCAAGAUGGCCACGGCUUGUGACCUGGACGCCAUCCACCGCACACACGCAGACUACCUAAACAGAGCCAUCUUCAGAGCUUUGCUGACAAAGAAGGCGGCGCCGGUGAUGAACAUCAUCCACAGCAUCUUCAGCUUCAUCCUCAAGUUCCGCGCUCAACUCAUCGCACAGCCUUGGUCCAGCCAGCAGGGGGAGGCGGUGCACCCAAGCUUCAUCGCCAUGCAGCAGUCGUACAACACCUUCAAGUAUUACUCACACUUCCUUUUCAAAGUGGUGACCAAACUGGUGAACAGAGGAUAUCAGCCUCAUUUGGAAGACUUCCUCCUGCGCAUCAACUUUAACAACUACUACAAAGACUCUUGAAGGUACAAGUCCUCUCUCAGACACAGCUUUUCCUCUGACAAAGUACCAUUUCAAUGUUAUGUGCAUUUUUAGCAAGUAAAAUAAAGUUCCCUCUUUAUUCCAACUAGUUUCCCUAAAAAGUGUUCAUUACUCCAUGAAUCGAUAGCUGCAGCCCUUUUACAUGCGGCAUUCUACCAAAUUAAGCAAAGUGCAGUCCUUUUACCAAAACAGGGUUAAAUAAAACAUUUAAGUAUUCAAACAUACUUACUUUAUAUUAUGGUCUUUUUAAACGCGGGGCAUUAAUUGAGAUAGUGAUAAGAUAAAUAAAAUCAUAUUUUAGUUUAAGAAGUAGCUGUCCCCAAUCGUGAACCCUAAAUUUAAAUUUAUGUCAAUACCGCUUAAAAUUCUUUUUAGAUUUGUCUGAAUUAUGUAAUUUAAAUUAUCUGUAUGAUUGAGUUUAAACCAAGGUUGAAAGACAUAAAUUUAAUGUAAGUUUUAUUUUUAGAUUAAAAAACUGACCCUAGUUUUUAUGUCACUACUGAAAAACCAGAGUUUUGGAGGCGUGGCUGAUUCUAGUUUCAAGAAACACCCCUACAUUUUUAACACAGAAAGACUCCGAGCUCGAUGGCGGAACCCAAGAUGUGAAACUUGGGCAAAAAAUAAAACUGAAAACUAGAAAUUGAAUCUGAAAAUUUUGAAAGAUCAAACAUAUAUGAAAGUGAAAAUUAAAAUAAAUAAUUCAUUAAAAAAAUGUUAAGUGUGAAUCAAAAAUAUAUUCAACCUAUAAAAAUACUUUGUUAAUUUCUUGUUAUUUUGAACACACUGAUGUAUUUUUCAACAUCCAAACGUUCAGUUUCAUAGUAAAUUGUUUCCAUUCAACCACUGGACCACGGUGCUGCCACUGAAGACUGAACCCACCUUGUACACCUAAUUUCAACAGUUUUCUCCAAAAAAUAAAUGAUUGUAUUGACCACACAUGUGUUUGUAAUAUUUCCUACAUUGAGCAUGUUAUAAGUGAAUAUUUAGCAGUAAGGUUGAGUUAAAUGUGAUACAACCUUGCAAACAAAAACCGACACUCUGGGUGUUAACAAAAAAAGUAAGAGUAUUAAGUUAUCAACGAAAAUAUUAUGAUACUGAUUGGUAAAAUGUAUGUUCCAUUUCAUUAAUCAUUAACUCUGAAAUCAAUCUGAUCAAUGUAAUGCAAGAUUGCAAAUACAUUUUGAAUUUCAUUUAUUGACAUAAGACAAUUUGUUUUAAAGGUCAUUUUAAUGGAUUGUAUUGUGCAGACAUCAAUAAUUAUAAAAAAAAAAUAAAAAAAAUCCAUACACAAGGGAAGUAAGUAAUAGGUUAGCAUAGGGCUGGGCGAUAUGGCCUUUUAUUAAUAUCUCGAUAUUUUUGGGCCAUGUCACGAUACAUGAUAUAUAUCGCGAUAUUUUGCCUUAGCCUUGAAUGAACACUUGAUGCAUAUAAUCACAGCAGUAUGAUGAUUCUAUGUGUCUACAUUAAAACAUUCUUGUUCAUACUGCAUUAAUGUAUGCUCAUUUUAAACUUUUAUGCAGAGAGGGAAAUUCCAACUAAGUUAAUUUACCAAAACUGUGUUCAAACAAUUAAUAAGCAGUGGCACAAACAUUCAUGUCAUUUCAAAACAGAAGGUGCAAGAUUGUCAGACAUUUUAAAACACACUAUUAGUGCACUUUUGUGCAUGAUGUCACUAAGAUGACAUAACACUAAAAAUUAAAGUGCACUUUUUGUACAGAACACCACUACAUUAGUUAAAAACAAAUAAAGUGCACUUUUGUGCAUGAUGUCACACAAGAUAUUUCA